UAGGACUAGCGCGAAAGCUCGGGUAAAUCCUCCCUCACUCGUGUAAACAACAUCGCAGAGGAGGCGCACCCAAACUCCGUGCCUCGCGCCGCCGACUAUCACACCUGCAUAGAAACGCGAAAACCACGACAGCACCCCGCCCACCACACUCCUGGCAAGACUGGAAAUACGCAAAACCGCACCGAAUUUUUGGCUGGCUUUGAUUCCUCGCGCGCCGAUUGACGCGCUUUUCGAUUGCCUCGAGGCGCAACCUUCCGUUUUCCACUACGAGCACCACCUUUCGUCUCUCGACCGCAUGCUUCAUUUGACGCGCCAUCCAUGACGACCGUCAUCCGCACCCGUCACCCGUUGCAAGUAAUUAGCAUGAGCAACGAGCAGCCAGAGAGAAGGAAAAGCAAGCGUCUUGCGGCUUCAUCGGUUUACGACGAGCAGGAUGGCGACUUCCACUUCACGCGCGGAUCGAAAUCGAAACGAGUUAAGAACGCGGAGUCCGAGCCGGAACCUGAACCGGAGUCUGAACCGGCGCCACUACCACCGAAAAAGUCUGGAAGAGGACGGCCAGCAAAAGGACGCGCUUCGGUGGCAACAAAGGCGCCCGAGCCUGCAUCACCAGUAGCAGCGCCAAAGGCGGCGACAUCAUCAAAGCCGCGAACGCGACGAGCAGCGAGCUUACAGCCGGCGGAAGACGACGAGCUGCAAUUGUUUGCGCCUAAGCGCACGACGAACCGAAGCACGCGCAGUUCGACUGGGAAAGCGCAGAAGGCAAAGCCGGCCAGGAAACCAGCACCGGAACCAGUACAGGAGGAGGAGGAGGAAGCACACGAUGAAGUUCACAGCGCGACACCGAGGGAGCUGGAGCCGAAUAGGCGGCGGACGCAACCCGCCAUGGAGGAACCAGUCGAGUCUGCAAAAAUCACGCUUCCCGUCAGCGACACGCCUGUUAUCAAUCGCAACAAGGAAAUGAGGAAAAAGGGCGGAGUCAAUCGCCGGAGCAGCACGGGAAUGCGCGGUCGGAGAGCAAGUUCGCUGAUUGAGAGUGGGCACAACGCGAUACCCCACCGAGAGGUCGAUUCUGCAGAGUUUUACAAGCACAUCGAGUCGGAGGGUCUGAUGGAACCAAGACGGAUGAAGCAGCUGUUGACCUGGUGUGGUGAACGGGCCUUGCUGCAAAAACCGCCCCAUGGCCAAACAGAUUCCAAUACUAUUCUGGGUGCUCGCUACAUUCAGGAACAGCUCUUGAAGGACUUUUCCACAAAGUCGGAAUUUUCAGACUGGUUCAGUCGAGAAGAGGAGAGGCCAAAGAAGCCCAUAGUGUACCUUCCAAACCCACGGAACCUAGAACUCCAGGAGAAAAUUGAGCAACAGGAACAAAAAGUCAAAAGAUUAAAACAAGAAAAGAAGAAAUGGCUGGCGCUCAACAAGACGCGUCCGGAGAUCCCGCCACUCUUCCCAGAAACAGAUACAGCACAAACAGCAACAGCAGAUGCAUCCAUACUGGAACCAAACGAGGCAGAGAUGCUGAGCUGGCUCACCGAUCCGGCAUCCUCGUUUGAGAACGUCCGCGCCAAGGCGCUCGCCCGUCUGCAAAACACGCAGUCAACGCUGGAAUUUAAGGUGGACCAGCUCGCGGACGGCAUACACAAGCUCUCGCAACGAGUCGACACGGCGGGCCGAGAGGCGGAUAAGGUCCUCUCUCUCAGCGCCGCGCGGCUCAAGGAGCGGGAGGUGAGGGAGAAGGCCACGGCGGGCACCAAGGAGAUGCCCGUUAUGGAGGUGCUCCGCAGCCUGGGGAGGAUAUUACCAGAGGGCGGGGAAUAAAGGAAACGAUUCUUAUUACACGCAACGCCGCUCUCUCUCCUUCUUUUUUCUUUAUGACGAACCUUGGAGAAGGGGUAUAAUGACUGAUAUGAAAUUGUGGUUGUGGUUGGGG